AUGCGGUUCAAUUCUGCAAUCGCCCCGGCUCUGUGUGCCUCCGCCUUCCUCGCUGGUAAUGCGCUUGCACAGGAAGACCCAGAACCUUCCUCCACUGCCGCUGUCGAACGACCGACUUUCACACCUACCACUCUCAAAGCCCCCUUCCUAGAACAGUUCACCGACGAUUGGGAGACACGAUGGACACCUUCUCAUGCAAAGAAGGAGGAUUCCAAGAGUGACGAGGAUUGGGCCUAUGUCGGCGAAUGGUCUGUUGAGGAACCCACCGUACUGCCCGGCCUUGUUGGUGACAAGGGUUUGGUUGUCAAGAAUGCUGCCGCCCAUCAUGCCAUCUCCGCAAAAUUCCCCAAGGCGGUGGACAACAAAGGCAAGACUUUGGUCGUGCAAUACGAAGUCAAGCUUCAGAAUGGGCUCGAGUGUGGUGGUGCUUACCUUAAGUUGCUCCGAGACAACAAAGCUCUCCAUGCAGACGAAUUCUCGAAUAGCUCUCCUUACGUGAUCAUGUUUGGCCCUGACAAAUGCGGUGCUACCAACAAGGUUCACUUCAUCUUCCAACACAAAAACCCCAAGACUGGCGAGUACGAAGAGAAGCAUCUCAAGAGUCCUCCUCAAGCUAAGAUCAACAAACUCACCACCCUCUACACCCUGAUUGUCAAACCAGACAACACCUUCGAGAUCCUUAUCGACAAUAAAUCGUCCAAGAACGGCAGUCUGCUCGAAGACUUCAGCCCUGCCGUCAACCCAGACAAGGAGAUUGAUGACCCCAAAGACGAGAAGCCUGAGGAUUGGGUUGAGCUUGCCCGAAUUGCGGACCCUGAAGCCACUAAGCCUGAAGAUUGGGAUGAGGAUGAGCCAUAUGAGCUUCCAGAUGAGGAAGCCGAGAAACCCGAGGACUGGCUUGAGAAUGAACCCCUCACCGUUCCAGACCCAGAAGCUGAGAAACCCGAGGAUUGGGAUGAUGAAGAGGAUGGAGACUGGAUUCCUCCUCAGGUCCCCAACCCCAAAUGCGAAGAAGCUUCUGGAUGUGGCCCAUGGGAACGACCAAACAAGAAGAACCCCAAUUACAAGGGCAAAUGGACCGCUCCUUACAUUGACAAUCCGGCAUACAAAGGCGUUUGGGCCCCUCGCAAGAUUGCUAACCCAAAUUACUUUGAGGACAAGACUCCUUCCAAUUUGGAACCAAUUGGCGCUAUCGGAUUUGAGAUAUGGACUAUGCAGUCCGACAUCACCUUCGACAACAUCUACAUUGGCCAUUCAGUCGAAGAUGCUGCUGCCCUGACCGCCGAAACAUAUCUUAUCAAGCGACCUGUUGAGGAGGCUGAGGACGCCAAGAGCAAGCCCAAGCCAUCCGAUCUGCCCGAGUCUACCACACCCAGCGGAACUUUCGCAGAAGACCCCGUCAACUUUGUCAAGGAGAAACUUCAACUAUUCAUCGCUCUUGUCCAAAAGGACCCCGUUCAGGCCAUCCAGCUUAUGCCUGAGGUUGCUGGCGGGAUUGGAGGUGCAGCAGCUCUUCUUAUUGCUAUCCUGGUCGGGCUUUUCAGCCUCGGCGGCUCAUCAGCUCCCAGCAAGGAAGAUAUCAAGAAGACAGCACAAAAGGCCAAGGAAGCUGCUGUUGACGCCAAGGACAAGGUCGCCGAAGCCACCGCCAGCGGCGCCGACGCAGUCAAGUCGGAAGUUAACAAGCGUACUACCCGUUCGAGUGGUAGCGCUGAAUAG